AUGGCACCCCGAAUACAGAACUCGGUCGUCUCCAACUCUCUCCUCCCUUACCUCACCACAUCAUCUACCUCAUCCUCCUCCACAUAUCUUCCCAGGCUAGCUACUACAUGCCCCUCAUCACAAGAGUCAUGGCGUUCGUGUCGGUCAUUUUCGUCCACGCCGGCCCCUCAAACUACUAGGCGUCGCAGAGAGAUGUUUGCGUGGCUCAACACCGACGCAGCUAAGUUGAGAACCCAUACCCCAGGCUCAACAAACUACCUCAUGCGGACCAAUCCCAAACUCAAGGAUUCACCGGCUGUUGAGACCAGAGUUUUUCCGGCAAAUCCUGCCUACCGCUCAGAGAGCAUCCUCAGUGAGGAGCUGCGGACGGAGAUCUACAACCGGGUAGUAAUAAAGAAAAAGAGUGUGCGUGCUGUCAGUGUCGAGCUGAAGGUCGACAUGAGGAGAGUCGCUGCUGUAGUCCGGCUGGUCGAGUUAGAAAAGCGGAUGGAGAAACAGGGUAAACCCUUGGCUGUGCCCUACGCUCGUGCCAUUCACGAAAUGAUUCCCGUAACACCUCCCGAGCAGGCCCAUGAAGAAAUCAACGAACUGCCCGUUCACCGCCUCACCAACCCUCAAAUCUUCUAUCCCGUCUCCGAGUCCCGCCAAUUCAACCGUGUUGACGCUGGCCGUGUUUUCUCCGCUGCCCCGGCUUUAGAACACGAGAAGCUUGCCAAGGAUGUUGCUAAUCCCUCUGAGGCCAUCAGCCGGGUUACUCAGAACCCCUCGCGCAUCGAGCUCGUCGGCAAAGGCGAUGAAGAACAUCAGGUCCUCCAGGCGGCGGACGUGCGUAUUCCGCACCCGCACAUGGUCACAAGUACCCGUGACAUAAAUGAGGUACCGAAUGAGAUUCGCCAACACCCCAAGCUCUACAAGGCUCGCCUCAGGGCGCAAGAGGCUGCCGAUCAAGAGCGCAAGCGUCUCGCCCAGGAGCGUAAGGAGAAGCAGACGCAGCGUGUACAGCCCGAGGAUUCUCGCUUCGAGUUCCGUAUCAACGACGUUGUCGUCAGCCAGGAAACCACCGGCAAGGAUGGUCGCAAUGCUCGCGCUCCUGGUCGCAGAUACGGUGUCCCCAGCUACGACCGGAAGAAGGGCCAGGUCAAGAUCCCCACCCGUGUGGAGGUCUAA